AUGAAUGGCGAUCUUCAAAUAAAGGAUCUGGAUUCCUCAAAUGUCACAGUCGCAUCCACUGAAUCAGCACGAUCUUCACCGGCUGCACCGUCUAAUACAGGCGCGCCAACAGAUCACAGCGGACAUAGUUUGAAUGGGUCGGGUCCGUCGACACCUACGGCUACCAACAACUUCCACACGGCGCCAGACAUGUCCAGCGUCAAAGUAUAUUAUCCUUAUGAUGUCGAGGAGCCAGAUCAUGAGCCCGAUCCUGUUGUGCAAAGAUUAGAUUUACCGUGUCUGCCAGACUCGUUUGAAGGAUGGCAGCGCGACUUGUUGGAUUGCAUGAAUGGACUGGGCAACGACACACCGGACACUGUUUCCAAACCAUUGAUGGGACCUCCAAAGGGUCAGAAGCGCAAGCCGGGCAGUAUGUCUGGGGUCGGGUACCAAUCCUCGCAUUCUCAUUCAACUUUGAACACCGGACCGGGUGAGGAGCCAUUAUCCGUGCCUGGUCUGGGUUUGAAGCGACGGCGAAGGCGCAGUAAACUUCCAGACGAUCAUAUGAAAGCUGGUUAUUCCGCUUCUCCGCAUGAAGUCCGCGAGGACAGAGCUAAUAGGAGCUCGAGUUCCGAUCUGUGGUCAACCGAUAGCAGUGCUGAGACAAUGCACGAAUCUGCCGUUACCGAUGACAUGGAUAUUGACUGA